AUGUCAUCCUCUUCAAAACAUCCCCACCCAAAUACAUCACUCAACCACACCCUCGUCUCCAUGCCUACGAGAGAUCAAUCCGAUCGAGCAGAAGCCCUGUUGGAACUCUCAAUCUCCCUCAUUGAAUCUUCCAUCGAUGUGUUGCGAUCGAAUAUAACCAACGACGAACAGCUCAUAAGGCAAAGUACGUUGAUGCCUGGCGGUACACUUGGUAAACAUUUUAGGCAUGUAAUAGAAUCUUUCCGAGCAUUUCUACUCCCUUUCAUCCCCUCUUCCUCAUCAACACACACCCCAGAGAUAAAUUACGAUUCGAUCCAUCCAACCUCCCGUCGUCCAAUCGCACGAUCCAUCCAAGCAUGUCUACACGCCCUCGAAGAGAUCCGAGAUGACCUGAUCACCUUUGGAGACAAUUCGCGCAAUCUCACGUAUAAUGUCGAUGGCAUGGGACAAGGUGUAGCAGGGGAAGUUGGAAUAGCAGAUAAGCGGAAUGGUUUAGCUCAGGUGAUGGAGAUGAAAGUGAACGUUGUGGCUAUAACGCCUACGAAGCAGGUUAUGGGAUCGACAGUGGGCAGAGAGCUAUGGUAUUGCUCCUUGCAUGCGAUUCAUCACUUCUCCAUGCUACGUACGAUAGCAGUCCAUGAACAUGGACUGGAGUUACCCGUGGAGUUCGGUACGGCGCCAUCGACGUUAUUGUAUAGAGGAUUGAAUUGGAGACCACCCACAGAGAAUAAAGAAGUCCGAGUAGCUGUCAAGUCCAAGCUAUAA